UUUAAGGGACCACUUCUGUGCGCCAACUCAGCCGGGACGACCGCAGCCAGCAGCAGGACACACCGGUCACGAGGAGAAGAUCCAUCCGAAAAAAAAGAUUCAAUUAUAUCACCUCUUGGCUGCCUCUCUCAUCUUUAAAGCGGCGCCACCUGUGUGAUAGCAGAGUGUUUGUGUGCAUGUUUUACGUGUGUUGCCGUCCCAUUUUCCCCACAUUAGUGCAUUAGUAUGCAGGGUGCUUGUGUGUCAGUCUUGUGCGUGUGCAUAUGUGUGUCCGUGCUCCUCCGCAGUGCUAUUUCACAGCCACCUACAGAAAGUGACACCUACACGGAAUGCACAGAUGGGUAUCAUUGGGACCAUCAGACUGAGCACUGCAAAGACAUAAACGAGUGUGAGACCAUUCCAGAUGCAUGCAAAGGGGAAAUGAAGUGCUUCAACCACUACGGAGGUUACCUGUGCCUUCCCCGCUCUGCUUCUGUUAUCCCAGCCCCGGAGCCCCCCAUCACGCCCACCGAGACCAACCCCUGCCCUCUGGGCUACGAGGCGCAGGGAGACAGCUGUGUGGAUAUCAAUGAGUGUGAGCGAGACGAACAUGACUGCCAGCCCAGCCAGCAGUGUAUCAACACACUGGGUGCCUUCACCUGUCAGUGCCCGGAUGGUUACCGCAAGGUUGGCACAGAGUGCAUUGAUAUUGAUGAGUGCAGGUACAGGUACUGCCAACAUCGCUGUGUUAAUGUCCCCGGCUCCUUCUCCUGUCAGUGUGAACCUGGUUUCCAGCUGGCAGGAAACAACCGAUCUUGCAUCGAUGUGAAUGAAUGUGAGAUGGGUGCCCCCUGCUCUCAGAGGUGUUACAACACGUAUGGCACCUUCCUGUGUCGCUGUGACCAGGGCUAUGAACUGGGGCCUGAUGGCUUCACUUGUAACGACAUCGAUGAGUGCAGCUACUCCAGUUACCUGUGCCAGUACCAGUGUGUCAACGAACCAGGCAAGUUCUCCUGCGUGUGCCCAGAAGGAUACCAGCUGCAAGGCACCAGACUAUGCCAGGAUAUAAAUGAAUGUGAGACAGGUGAGCAUCAGUGUAGCGACACACAGACCUGCGUGAACAUCCACGGACGAUACCAGUGUGUGGACACAAACCGGUGCCAGGAGCCUUACGUACAGGUGUCUGAGAACCGCUGUGUUUGUCCUGUCAACAAGCCUGUGUGUCGAGAUCUGCCUUUCUCCAUCGUCCACCGUUACAUGAGCAUCACCUCGGAGCGCUCCGUCCCCUCAGACAUCUUCCAGAUUCAGGCCACCAGCGUCUCUCCGGGGGCUUACAACACCUUCCGCAUCCGGUCCGGAGACGAAAACAGUGACUUCUACAUCAGGCAAAUCAAUAAUAUCAGCGCCAUGCUGGUUUUGGCUCGCGCCGUGUCGGGGCCCAGAGAGUACACGUUGGACCUGGAGAUGGUGUCGGUCAACCCCCUACUCACCUACCAGGGCAACUACCAGAGCAGCUCCGCCCUCAGACUCUCCAUCUACGUCGGGCCGUACACCUUUUAAAGAAGAAGAAGAAGAAGAAGGAGAGGGAGGGACACAGAGAAAGAUGGAGAGAAAGAGCUGGGGAGAAACACAGAUACAAAAAAGGAAAUGAAGCUGUAAAACAAAAGUGGUCGAUGCGGUUCAACCAGUCACUGUGAUGUUACACUCUUUGCUUUUUGUACUUCCAAAGAAAGCGACACAUUUCUGUCAGUCAGUUACAUUCAGUACAGUAGACAAAUACAUUGUCGCAGUAAUGUCUCACAGAUAAAGAAGAAACAGCCUUAAAAUAUGAUAUCAUGUGUACUGUCAUGUUUCAUUUAACACCUAUCGGACAGCAUCAUUCUGUGGUCAAUGUGUAUAAAAAGGGAUUUUAUUAUCUUCACAUCUGUUCAGGGUGAUAACAAAUCUGUGUGUCACAUUUUCUGUCUGUCCUUCAGGUUCAGUGAAUCACAGCCAGCGUCACUAGAUUAAUCUGUUUUCAUCAGUUUACAUCCUUAUCUCUGGUUCUGCUCUGUUUGUCACUUUUUAUUCUGUUUCCUGUUGACAGACGUGAUUCAGUAACCACUCAGAUCAGACCUCAGCAGUCCACGCUCCUCCUCCACCCUCCACUGUUCAUUCCUACGUUCAAGCUCUCCAUCACUGCCUUUUGUAGGUUUAUCACAUUGCUGAUUGUGUUUUUUGUCUAAGAUUAAAACCCUAA